UCUCAUCUUUCAGAUAAAAAAAAAAUUAACGAAAUCCGACAAUUCUACAGGGAGUGAGAGUUUUUCCCCUGAAGUCAUUUUCGUUGAUAUAAUACACCGUAUCGACCCCGUCUAAAUAAGUAUAUCGAGCUAUAGAUUAGUGGAAAAGUAUUAUAAUUAAGGCUAUAACUAAAAUAUGAAACAUAAUAUUCAAAUAGCAUAGAAAUUUUGAAAAUUGGAAAUACUGGCACCGACACCCUUAAAUGGAUUGCAAUAGUACAUCUUACAUUUAAUAUAAUUUUCAUAUUAAUAUUACUGAUGAUAAUUGAUAAGUUAUUGUUUAUUUAGAUAUAAUAGGUGGUAUUAACAUAAACUUAUUAAAUUUAAAAUUUAAAAUGAUUUUAUGGUUAAAAAUUUUUAAAAUGUACAACUUUUAUAACUAAAGAUUGAAAAUUACUUUUGGGGACGGAGUGGUCGAGCGGACUAAUAAGGCGACUUCGAAUCUCGGUCACGGGUGGCACUUCUCUCCGGGCAGACAUCUGUCUGGAGAGAGAUGCCGGCCGCAUCCCCCGACCGGGCAUGGCGGAAAUCUAAGGGAGUCCAAUCGAAAUUCUGAUAAAAAAACACACAUAUGUUAAAAAAAAACCUACUGUUCCCACCCCUACUACAUAACCCUACAAACAAGCUAAUGGUCUUAGUCGCCUGGCUAAAAAGAUUUAAAAAAAAAAAAUUAUUUAUGUAACUAUGGUCAAGUUGGUAAUGACUACCAACGUUGGUAUUUUCCAACGUCCCCCGUUAUUAAGAGCCGUGUGAUGAGCAUUCACCAGAAUUUACUCCCUCUCAUAGACAUAUAAACUAAGGGACAACACAUUCCUCUCCGCCCUGCCAUCAAUGGCAAUCGCAAUGGCUAGAGAAAUAACAUAAAGUAAUGAAGGAACCUUCGUAAAUUACGCAUAAAUGCCAUAAGGAACUGUAUAAAUGUUACUGCUUUGUUUCUUUUUUCGCUAAAUCUAUAUCGUACCCUUGACUUCUCUCUAAGCGCUGCCCAUUAGUUUAUAGGUUUAUAAGAUAAAUCUAUCUAGGUCUAUGCUCCCUUUCGUCAGUCUCACUGCCGUGGUUGGCUACACUGCCUUGUUUAGCGGGGUCUGUUGCGACGGCUGGCAUAUCAAGCUAUGCUCUCUUUUCUAUCGAUCGCCGAAUCGUCAAGUAUCCGCCCUACGCGACCGACCUCGAACGUCUCCGCCAUCUUGUCACGCACCAAACUCGACGCGCGUCCUUGCUUCGCUACGCCGACACGAGCAAGACGUGUCCCAACCACCCGUUCGGUAAGACAUCACGAGUACGCGCGACAUUUCCCCCCCCCCUUACCGACGAAACCACUUGCAGUGACCGACGACUACGAAUUAUUACCGUGUAUUUAUCAUCCAUAAAACAAACUUCUGUGUUAUUUAACCUUCUAUUGUUAUUUCAUAUCACCGCGACUGGUGGCCAACCCGAGUAUUCGCAAACGGUAUCGUAAUAACGACAAGCCAAGUGUCCCGGUCCACGGACUCGAGACUCGAUUCGACUCGAUUCUUGAAUCCUGAAGGUUUAUUUUGGAACUGUUUAUAGUUUAUAAUACAUUUUGUAUGCCAUCAGACUUUCAGAGACCAAUUAUAGACGUUAGGUUUUUUUUUCACGAUUGACUGUCUCGAAAUGGUCAACCCAAUCGAAAUACCGCUUAAGGACUCAGACGAGGUUAUUGAAAUACAACUUGACAAAUUGCCAGAGUAUGAUGAAGUACUUGGCAUUUUAAAGUCUGAACGUUCAAAUUUACAUAUAUGGGUCAAUUUAGCAUUGGAGUAUUACAAAAGAGGCAACUCAGCUGCUUUGGUUAAGUUGCUGGAGUCUUCGCGUAGUAAUGCCAGUUUAGAAUAUAAGGAUAGCGAUAAGGAUCAAAUGAGAGCUCUAGACAUGUUAGCAGCAUACUAUGUGCAAUCAGCUAAUCGAGAAAAAAGUAAAGAUAAACGCCGUGAACUUUUUGCAAAGGCUACACAACUUUAUACAACAGCAGAUAAAAUUAUUAUGUACGAUACGAAUCAUUUGUUGGGUCGUGCUUUUUUUUGCUUAUUAGAAGGUGAUAAAAUUGAUCAAGCAGAUGCUCAGUUCAAUUUUGUAUUGAAUCAAUCAUCUAAUAAUAUACCAGCUCAAUUAGGCAAAGCUUGUAUUGCAUUCAACAGAAAGGACUUCAGAGGAGCUCUAGCAUAUUAUAAAAAAGUAUUACGCUCUAAUCCCCAAUGUCCUGCUGACGUUCGACUGGGCAUGGCACAUUGUUUUUUGAAACUAGGAAAUGCAGAAAAAGCUCGAUUAGCAUUUGAACGUGCCAUACAGUUAGACUCCAAGUGUGUUGGUGCAUUAGUGGGUCUUGCCAUCCUGAAGUUGAAUGGUGAAAAUCCUGGUGACAUUAAGUUGGGUGUAAAUAUGUUGUCCAAAGCAUAUACUAUUGAUACAACCAACCCAAUGGUGUUAAAUCAUUUGUCCAAUCACUUUUUCUUUAAAAAAGAUUAUACCAAGUAUGAAUUACUUGCUAGACAUGCCUUACAAAACACAGAGAAUGAAGCUAUGAGAGCUGAAAGUUGCUAUCAGAUGGCUAGAGCUUUUCAUGUGCAGAAUAAUUAUGACCAAGCAUUUCAAUAUUACUAUCAAGCAACCCAGUUUGCACCGGUUACAUUUGUACUCCCACAUUAUGGCCUUGGUCAAAUGUAUAUUUAUGGAGGCGAUAUGGAAAAUGCAGCUCAGUGCUUUGAAAAAGUGCUUAAAGCUCAUCCAGGAAAUUAUGAGGCAAUGAAAAUUCUUGGUUCAUUGUAUGCCAAUUCAAAAAAUCAACAGAAACGAGAUAUUGCAAAAAGUCAUUUAAAAAAAGUAACAGAACAUUUUCCAGAUGAUGUAGAAGCUUGGAUAGAAUUAGCUCAAAUAUUAGAGCAAUCAGAUUUACAAGGAUCAUUAUCUGCAUAUGGUAAAGUUAUAGUUUUAAUGCGCAACCAAGUUAAUAAUUACAUUCCACCUGAAAUACUGAAUAAUGUGGCUGCGUUAAAUUUUAGACUUCAAAAUAUGGAUGAAGCUCGUUCUAAACUUGAAGAAUCUUUGAGUUUAUCAAAGAAAAUGGUUGAAGCUGAUCCACAGUAUUAUAACUCUAUUGCUGUUACAACUACAUUCAAUUUAGCAAGAAUUUUUGAAGCGCAAUGCCAGUUUCAGAAGGCAGAAACAUUUUACAAAGACAUUCUCAAGGAGCAUCCUAAUUAUAUUGAUUGUUAUUUACGCUUGGGUUGUAUGGCUAGAGAUCGUAACCAAAUUUAUGAAGCUUCUGAUUGGUUUAAAGAAGCAUUGCGUAUAGACAAUGAACAUCCUGAUGCCUGGUCACUACUUGGAAACUUGCAUUUAGCCAAAAUGGAAUGGGGUCCUGGGCAAAAAAAAUUUGAACGUGUGCUGAAGAAUCCAUCAACAUUAAAUGAUUCAUACUCAUUAAUUGCUCUGGGAAAUGUUUGGUUGCAAACUCUACAUCAACCAACUAGAAAUAAAGAACAGGAAAAACGACAUCAAGAUUUGGCAUUACAGUUUUUUACUAAAGUAUUGAAAAAUGAUCCAAAAAACAUUUGGGCAGCUAAUGGAAUUGGUUGUGUUAUGGCACAUAAGCAAUAUAUAAAUGAGGCAAGAGAUAUAUUUGCUCAAGUAAGAGAAGCUACUGCUGAUUUUUGUGACGUCUGGUUAAAUAUUGCACAUAUAUACAUCGAACAAAAACAGUAUAUUAGUGCUAUUCAAAUGUAUGAAAAUUGUAUAAAGAAGUUUUUCAAACAUGAUAAUGUUGAAAUACUUCAAUAUCUUGGACGUGCAUACUUCAAAGCAGGAAAGUUGAAAGAAGCAAAAAAAGUGUUUUUGAAAGCUCGAAGGGUUGCUCCACAGGAUUUAGUUAUAAUUUACAAUAUUGCUUUUGUCCUACAAAAACUAUCAGCUCAAACACUGAAAGAUGGAAAAUCAAACUUGAAAGAUGUACUGAAAGCUGUACAUGAACUUGGAUUAUCACAUAAAUAUUUCCAAUAUUUGGCAGUAAAUGGUGACCGUAUGAGAUAUGAUGUUAAUUUGGCUGAUUUUGAAGCUAAACAGUGUCAAGAUUUACUAUCUCAAGCCCAGUACCAUGUAGCACGAGCACGUAAGAUGGAUCAUGAUGAACGUGAAAUGCGUCGUAAACAGGAAGAGGAACGAGAAUCAUUGCGUGUCAAACAGAUUGAAGAGCAGACUAAAGCAUUACAAAAACAAGAAGAACAAAGAAAAGAAAUGUUGUUAAAACGCCAAGAAUAUAGAGAAAAAACAAAGAAUGCGCUAGUGUUUGACCACGUUUUAGAAAAACCUAAGGGUAAAGGGAAACGUCGUGAAAACUAUUGCUCGGAUUCUGGUGGAAGUAUUGCAUCUGAACCAGGUCGUAAUAGAAGUCCUAGGCCUUUAAAGUCUAAAAAAUCAAGAAAAAGUGGUAGUACUGGUGGUGAAAAAGAAAAGAAAAAAAGAGGAGCAUCUAAACGGACGAGAGAUAGUGUUGCAUCAGGAGGAUCUGGUGCAAGUGUUAAAAUUAAAGGGCGUUCAUCUACAAGUAAUAAGAAGGGACCGAUGUUAUCAUCUAAACAGAAACUUAGAGUUGUAUCCAAAGCAACUAUAUCUACUAGUGAGGAUGAUAGUAGUGACGAUGAAGCAAAAAAACGAAUUUCUGGACAUAGUUCAAAGAAUGCUAGAUCACGUUCAAGUUCCGAGUCUAGUUCACGUUCCAGUAGCCGUAAAUCCAGAAGGCCAUCAAGAUCUCGGUCUGGUUCACGUAGGUCUAGAUCAAAAUCUACAAGUGUUUCCCGCAGUUAUUCAAGAUCUAGAUCACAUUCGGGUAGUAAAUCUCGAUCUCGAAGCUGUUCACAUUCUGACAGUCGAUCUCGUUCGGGAAGUCGUUCGCCUUCAAGUGGUCAUUCAAGAUCUAAUAGCCGAUCUAGGUCUCUCUCAGAAUCUGGUACCAAAUCCAGCUCACAAUCUCGUAGUCAAUCUAAGUCAGUAUCAAGAUCACCAGCCCGAUCAAAAUCUGGUAGUCGUUCUGCUUCUAAUUCACCAGCUCAUUCAGGAAGUAGAUCUGCAUCCAAUUCGCACUCCAAAUCUGGCAGCAGAUCUCCUUCUAGAUCUAGGAGCAGAUCAGGUUCUAGAUCCGACUCAGCUACAUAAUUAAACUAUAUGAUUGAAAAUGAUUCAAUAUUAUAAAUAAUUUCUAAAACAAUAGGUGUUAUAUUAUUUUCAUUUUUUGUUCAAAACGAACAACAAUUAAAACGCGAUUUGAUCAUAAAAUAAUUCAUAUUUUUAAAGUAAAUCUUUAGUAGAUUUUAACAGUGUAAGGAUUAAAUUAUGUAGUUUUAAAAUUAAGUUUUGCAGCAAAUUUAAUAUUUUGCCUAUUCAUCUUUAAUAAUAAAAAAAAAUACAAAAAUUAAUUUUUUAUGCUAUUGACAACUAUCAAGUAAUGGUUGUCCCAUUUUAUUCUAGAUUAAUUUUAUUUUUUUCCGUGUGAUUUAAUUACUCAAGUUCUCUUUAAUAUAAUAUGUAAGGUAACUUUUAAUUAUUCUUUUUUGCACUUAUAACAAUUUCUGCUAUAUUCAAUACAAAUUUAACUCCUUGUUGAUAAUGUAUUUAACAAAGAUUAAGUGGGUGAUAACAGUCUGUAUUGUUGUGUAAUAAUGUAAUAAAUUAUUAUACCUUAUUUUAUUUUUUUAUUAUUAUUGAUUUAUUGAAUGUUUUAUAUUGGUAUUAUUAAUGGACUUUAUUAAGAG